GACUUUCCAAGUUCCACCAACUGAACAAAGAACUCCAUAACUCGUUCUCCAUCCAUGGCGGCAACUCCUCUUCUUCCCAAAUCUUUCUCCCCAUUUCUCAAAAAGCCACCUUUACUUCCCCAAACCCAUUUCGUCAAACUCGCUUUCUUGAACUCUCGUCGUCCCAAGAGACCAUCACUCAAAACCCAUGCCGGAGACAACAAGGACCACUGGCUCGACUUUUUCGACGACGGAGAGGACCCAGACAUGGAAUAUGGCUCCUUAUUCACCGAUGGAAAGCAAGAAGAGGAUCCGAGACCCCCUGAUAACCCCGUUAACCCAUAUGGUUUUCUCAAAUUCCCAAUGGGAUUCAAUGUGGAGAUUGCUCCUCUCGGUCUGAAAGUCAGAGGAGAUGUUAGGAGGUGUUGUUGCAUGGUCUCUGGUGGUGUUUAUGAGAAUUUGCUGUUUUUUCCGGUAAUUCAGUUGAUUAAGGAUCGUUACCCGGGAGUUCUAAUCGACGUCGUUUCAUCUGAGAGAGGAAAGCAAGUUUAUGAAUUGAACAAGAAUGUGAGGUGGGCUACUGUCUAUGACAUUGAUGAUCAUUUUCCUGAACCAGCUGAGUAUACUGAUAUGGUUGGAGUUCUUAAGAAUAGGUACUACGAUAUGGUGUUGUCAACAAAGCUAGCAGGGUUUGGCCAUGGAGCCUUCAUGUUUAUGACAACAGCUCGGGACAGAGUUAGCUACACCUACCCUGAUGUUAAUGCUGCUGGAGCUGAAUUGUUUCUCUCCAAAACAUUCAAAGCAGACAGUUCGAAUCUCUCUGAUGGAGGGUACCACAUGUAUCAUAAGAUGGCUGAUUGGUUGGGAAAACCAUUUCGGAGUGUGCCACGGGAAUCAGUGCUCCCACUUAAAGUGUCGAUUUCCAGGAAGCUGAAGGAGGUUGUAGAGGAGAAAUAUAAGAAAACAGGUGCAGAGAGAGGGAAAUAUGUUGUGAUUCAUGGGAUACAAUCAGAUUCAAAGGCCUCAAUGCAGUCUAAAGGUGAUACUGAUAGCUUGCUACCCAUCCAAGUGUGGGCAGAAAUAACAAGUGGUUUAAGGGAAUUUAGACCAGUUUUUGUCAUUCCACAUGAGAGAGAAAGAGAAGAUGUUGAGUAUGCUGUUGGGGAUGAUGCUAGCAUUGUAUUAAUCACAACCCCUGGACAGCUUGCUGCUCUUAUCAAUGAUUCAGCUGGGGUGAUAGCCACAAACACAGCAGCCAUCCAAUUAGCAAAUGCACGAGAUAAACCAAGUAUCGCAUUGUUGUGUUCAGAAGAGAAAGGGAACCUGUUCAUUCCUAACGCUGAAGAGAAGAAUUGUGUUGUAGUUUCCUCUAAGACUGGAAAACUUAUAGAUAUCAAUGUUGAAGAUGUAAAGAAAGCACUUCCACUCUUUAAUAUGUCCUUAGCUCUAGUAUAGGAGAGGACAGUGAAAAAUUCAUUUUUUUUUUCCUUUUGACUUGCAAUGUUUGACCACCUUAGUUUGUAUACAAGAAUAGAAAGCAGCCACCAAUACUUUCCAACUAUAUAAAUAACAGAACAAAUUAAUGUUGCUUUAA